AACUGAUCAGGUAUGAGGCUUAUACAGUUUUUUUUUUACCGGUUACGAAUUGAUUUGCUGUUUUGUUGCACGCCACAGGAGUCGGCAAUAUUAUCAAUAAAGUAAAAAUAAUAUGUUUUACGGCGUGACCGUGUUUGAGGGCGAAGCAAAAAAGUAUUGGCUUUAGUAUCUAUAUCCAAAACAGGACCCCCCCCCAAAAAAAAACAACAACAAACAAACCGAAGUUAGCACGAGGACAGAGCUGUAUCAAAGCAUCCUAAUUUUGGACAUUUGAUCCGCCUAUAUAUUGAACGCGGGAAAUAUAACACAAUAUUGAUGUAAACAGUACAUUGUGACGUCAUAUUCAGCGUCGUUAUUUAGCAAAUUUACAAACAUAGGAGACAUGGUGUUAAUCGAGGAAUGGUUAGGCUGAUAUAUAUGAUUAGGAAAUAAGAUUUACAUGCUUUUACGGAUUUUAUGUGUAACAUCUCAGAACGACGUGAACUAGGGUAGACGAGAUUCAAAAUGGAGAAAUACAUGUCCACGCGCUAAUAUUCGAAUCGACGCCAUUGGUACCAAACUUUUCAAGUUCCAUAGUUUUCCCGUCAAUAAUGGAGACCAGCAAAUUAAGACAGUUGUCAUGUACACUGGGAGAUUUAUCUCGUCCCGAUGGAGACGCCACCGUUUCUCAGGGAGACACAUGUGUCACUGCAUCAGUGUAUGGACCUGGCGAGGUAAAGGUAGCCAAAGAACUUCUAGACAAAGCCACCAUAGAAGUGGUAUACAAACCUAAAUCAGGUCUGCCAGGCUGUGCAGAGAAAUUGUUUGAGAGGACAAUCAGGAACUCUUGCGAAACUGUCAUUCUUGGAAACCUACAUCCAAGAUCAUCAAUUUCAAUUACUGUGCAGGAGAUCCAGAACCGUGGCUCCCUACUAGCCUGUUGUAUAAAUAGUACCUGUUUGGCUCUAUUGGAUGCAGGUGUUAGUAUGAGGUACCUCAUGGCAGCAGUCACGUGUGCAAUAAAUGACGAUGGUGAUAUUUUCAUGGACCCUAACAUGUCACAGGAACAGAGUGCACGUGCAGUUUUGACAUUUGUGUUUGAAAACUGUAACUUUGAAGUUGUAACUGUCAAUGCCAAAGGUUGUUACACACUAGAUCAAUUUCAGCAGUGUUUGUCACGAUGUAGAGAUGCUAGCAAGUCUGUGUUUCAGUUUUUUAAGGAUUCCUUGUCUAAAAAAUUGUCCAAAAGUGAAUGAAGCAAUAAAUACUGAUAUUGGUA